AUGGUAGCCCACGCUGGGUCUAUUGUCGGUAACCUCAGAGACAGCCUUGGUUCCAGACAAGGCAGCUUGCUGGAGGGCGCUGGUAGAAGGCCGAGCAAUGUUAUUCUUGGCCAGAGUUCUGGGCUACGAGACGAGUGGAUGGUACAACAACCCGUUGUAUCUAAGAACAGGUAUCGUUGUAUUUACGAACAUACCAUUGUACGUACCAAUAGCUCUAUGAGUACCUUUUUGCGUCCUCGUCCAACAGUUGUGCUGGGAGGUGCCUUAGGAAAAGGAAUCAGCAUUUCAAGUGUUACCAAAACAGUCAAAGAUGGAGAGCUCCUGUUCGUAGACGACGAUUCUGCUAGUGAUUCAGAGUCUGAGGAUGUGGAGGACUAA